ACAUUUAUUAAGUAUAAUUUCACAUCCGAAAAAAAGUGCAAUAAGGUAAGAUCCUAGAAAAAUGUUUACCAACACUGAAAAAGAAAUCACGCCUGUCAUGGACAUGGAUGCACAAUCACAAGAUUUAUAUACAAAAUCUCCAGAAGCCGUUAGAAAAUGCACUAAUGAAGAAGCAUUCAAUACUUCGUGGAACAUUGAACAUUUAAAUUGUUCCAAUGAUAAACUGAACUGUACACCGCCUUCCCUGAAAAUUAUGAUAGACAGUUCAAGUCCUGACAAAAUAGAGAACUCUACGCAGACAGUGCCAUAUUCAAGUCAUGAACCACUAGAAGAGGUGAAUUUGAACAAGCUAGAACUAUCAUUUGAUAAAGACGAUCAGCAGAACUCAGCACCCAAUGACAAUCCCGAAAAAUCAUUCGGGAGCAAGCGUUGUCGACGUGACUCUCAAGAAGACCCCAACGACCUCAACCCACUGAAGCGAACCAAGUGUGACAAAUUAGCUGUACAAUAUGACGAAGAAAUUGAAAUAGAAGAGCCCGAUUUAAUUGAUGAAAUAUCGACAGCCUCUAAUCUGUCCUCAUGUUCAGAGGUUUCGUUUAAAUCUGUUAGCAGUAACAGUUCUUUGAAGGGAAAGAAACGGCGGCGCAAGUCGGAUUCUAAUUUGUUUCGGGAUGUGCUGCUGAGGUCCAAACGAAGUAAUCAUUCGAACUAUAGCAAACAAACGUCCAGUCGACAAGAUCUGAAUAAUACGCCAGGAGGCACGCCGCGCAAGGACCGCGGUGGACGAAGGAUCUCCAAGUCAAAAUCAUGGCGACUGAUAGACUUAUGCACCUGGAUCGGGAUGAAGGGAUACGAAUCUAUAACAGCUCUAUACACAGAUGGAAAGGGUGAAGAAGCCAAAACUAUAGAGAAACCUAAACAAGAAAAUGAUUCCGUAAAUAAAGAUGUUCAGCUUAUGAAAAAAACUUUAGAGGAUGUGGUCGACAGACAAGAUCGACUAAUGCGCGAAAAUGAGGAAAUGGCCAUGAAUAUGAAAAAGAUGAUGCAAAAAAUAGAAGAAUUGGAAAACAAAUUAAAAAGCCAAACAGAACAUAGACCUCCGACGUCUGGCAGGAGCCUGGCCACCGGAGACUGUGCGCCCCCUCCGCCGCCGCCCCCGCCCCCGCCUCCGCCUCCUCCUCCACCCAUGCCGUCCUCCAAGCUGCCAGUUCGCUCCAACACCCUCCCUCGAUGCGGCUCUGCACCGCCCCGAGUAGCGGCCCCGAGGCUCGCCAUCACCCCACAGGACAUAGCCAACGUGAAGCUCAGGAAAACUAAGGACAACCCUAACUUACGAUCGAAGCCCAACCAGAACAAACAGCCGUUGGUGACUCAGCAGAUGUUGCUUUCUACCAGAGCAGGACUCGGCAAGAAGAAGCACGUUUCAGCGGCGACCACUCAACAACAAUUGAGUGACCUUGAAAAGUGCUUACUUCAGGAGACGUCUGUAACAUCCAUGUUCAGACGUCGUGUGGCCAGAACGACGUUCAAAAGUACAGAAGAGCUGCGUCCGCGGCCGUACCCCCAUUCGAGAUCCCCGAGAUCUCCACGAUCGAACUCCAUACCAAGGAUACCAGUAGCGCCACUGUCACCUAUUCAAUUCAAUGCAAAAUGUAUUUUCACCGGCAAGUGACAGUUAGCAAAGUAAAUUUAGGAUUUCAGGAAUGGUUCGUCAGCUAUAAGUAGUUAGAUAAUUUUAGAACAAGGACUAAAAGGAGAUGCUUUCGCUGCUGCGAAAUGCUUAUUGCCUAGGUACCUACAUAAUAAUUUGUUAUGUUUGAUAUAGGUAGUUGGUACUUAUUUUACAACCAUCAUUCAAUGAAUGAAAAAAUUAAAUUGAUUAUGUGAUUUAUUUGUAAAUUUGUUAUACAAAACACUUAACCAAUUUUUUAUUUUCCGAGUAGGCAAUUUUUGGAUGUCGAAAUUAUUAAACUUAGGUAGGUACUUACUUACAUUCCGAUUCAAUAAAUAUUAAAAUUAUUUAUAACAAACCUA